GCCAUCGCACGCGACUCCAAUCCAUGGACGACGCCGACGCCGACGCCGACAUCGACACCGACGCCCUCCAAGCCCAGAUCGACAUCUCCUCCUCCCUCGCCGACGACCUCGUCUCCUCCUGGAUAAAGCCCAACCUCGCCUCCCCCGCCGCCGCGGCAGCACUCACCGAAGCCGACCUCCAGGAAUACGUACGUCGUCCCCACAGACUCGGUGUUGGGGCGCCCUUGCCCGAGGCGAAUGGUGUGAGCGGCAGGGACGGGAUGAGGCUGAAGGGGCAGCUGCUGGGCAACGGGAAGGGGAAGAAGCGCGAGCGCGAGGAGGGCGAGGCUGGCGGGGCGAAGAGGCAGGCGGACGAUGACGAUGAGGAGGACAGUCGCGCGGGGGCGAUCAGGAAAAAGGUCAAGGUGGAUCCCUUCGCGGCGGGGAAGAAGAAAAACAAGAAGCAGGGCGCGCAGGGGCAGAGCCAGAGUAGCCCGGCUGUGAAUCAAAAUCCUAAGGCUUUGGACGCGCCUUCGGACAGAGCGAAGGGAAGCAGUGCGCCUACCGUUUCUGUCGCCAAGAACGGCGAGCCCUCCGCUAGCGCGAAGAACGAGCGAGCGAGCGCGGUCAAGAACUCGCCUGCUGGGGCUCCCUCGGGAGCGUCCUACCCUCAAGGAACACCCCCCACAAUAUCUCCCAACGGAAAACAGAAAAUCUCCACCUCAGAAACGAAACUCGACUCACCCAGCCCCACCUCCGAACGAAGAUCCAACGGCCUCCCGCUGCUCAACCUCGACGGACCCCCUCCCGGCGGCGAAGGAAGUGAUCACGCGAAGAAGAAACGCAGGCGGAAGAAGAAGAAGAAUAAGGCGGGUGGGGAG